CGUUUACCCUGCACGGUCGUUGAGAGGAGACCCAUGGUCACCCCACGCCUCCGUGGGGACGCGGACGUGUAGGUGGUGGCGCUGUCACCCGGGGACCCGCCCACCCUGUCAAAAGCAGUCCAUUCAUCCUCUAUAACUCAUAAGCCAUUCCUUAGUUACAAUGCCAAGAAGAUAUUUCAUAAGAGAGGAGACCAGUGCCCUGGGGGCUUCGCAAAUAAUGAUUGCCUUGUUUCACUGUGCCCUGGGAGGUUUUUGGAUUUUUUUCUUGCAACUAGAUGAUGAAGAUUUUGCCACUAUCAUUGCUUUAGUAGCUUACUCGUUUUCAUCAGCGUUGUUCUUCAUCAUGUCCGGAUCCAGCACUGUGAUCCAGAAAGUUCCUUCGAGAUCACAUAGGAUUAUUUUAGCAACUGUAAUGAACAUCUUAAGUGUCUUCACAGCUAUAAUUGGCUUACUGGUAUUAGGUAUUGAAUUUGCAAUUUUUGAAGAGAAAGGAGAGGAAUACUCUUGGUCAAAUAUGGCUGGCAUGAUGCUCAUACAGUACUUGUUCCUAACCACCAUCACGGAGCUGGUCAUCGCAUGCAUGGUCAUCCACUGGAUGAGAAGAGCAUUUCAUCAUGAAGCAGUGCCUGAAGAAUUUAGUCGCGCGACUUCCUUGGAAACCUCAUUUUCAGACGAGUCAUGAAGAACCAGUGUGACUCCAGUCCAAACUCAAAGAUUGUGAAUCAAGAGAACUCUGUGAUUUUUUUUUCAAUAAGCCUGGUAGAAAAUGCAUUUUAAUGAAAUCUUUUCCAGU